ACCGCGAGGUCAGCCGGUCAAAGGUCAGCAAGAUGGCGGCGGUGCGGGGUGUUGUGACGUGUGUCCGUGUUUCGGCGGCUUUUUACUCCACCAGGUCGGCUGGAAGAACCCCCCUCUCCCAGAAGUGGACCGUUCUGCAGCAGAAUGCCCGGCGUUUCUCCACCAAUCAGAGCGGCCGUGCGUACAUCUGGCCCGCUACGGCGGUCGGCGUCGCCUGCGGACUAACCGCGGGGGCCGCCCUCUACCUGACCCGGCGCAAAAAUCCCGUCGGCGCAAAAUCCGCACCAACGUUCGAGCAUGACCCAACUCCAGGCGGCUUCCGUACAAACCUACCGGAGUUCUCCCUCCAGGAAGUUUCCAGGCACAAAACGAAGGCAGACCGCAUCUGGAUCACCUACAAAUCCGGCGUGUAUGACAUCACAGAGUUCGUGGAGAGCCACCCAGGCGGUUCGUCUAAGAUCCUGCUGGCGGCGGGCGGCGCGGUUGAACCGUUCUGGGCCAUGUACGCCGUGCACAAGGACAACCCCGAGGUGUUCGAGCUGCUCGAGCCGCUGCGCAUCGGAAAUAUCAGCAGGAAAGACCUGAUAGAGAUGCAGCGGACGAAGAAGUCGGACCCUAACGACCCGUUUGCGUCGGAGCCCGGCCGCCAUCCGGCGCUCGCGCCGAGCUCCAGCAAACCAUUCAACGCAGAGCCGCCCGCUGAGCUGCUUGUGGAUAAUUACAUCACCCCUAACGAGCUGUUCUUCGUUAGGAACCACCUGCCGGUACCUCAGGUGGAUAUGAAGAACUACGUGCUGACUGUGGGAGGAGAGGGUCUUAAGAAACACUCCUUCACCUUAGACGAACUUAAGGAGAAGUUCAAACAUCGGAAGAUGGUCGCCACAAUCCAGUGUGCCGGCAACCGUCGCUCCAACAUGAUGGAGGUGAAGAAGAUCAAAGGCCUGAGUUGGGGAAUCGCAGCGAUCAGUAACGCGGAGUGGACGGGCGUGUUCCUGAGCGACAUCCUCGCUCACCUCGGGCUCGCCGACCCGGAGAAACGCGGAGAACUCAAGCACGUGCAGUUUGAGGGUCUGGACCUGGACCCUGAGAAGGCUCCCUAUGGGGGGUCCAUCCCGAUCGAGAAGGCGCUGGACCCGUCCGGAGACGUGCUUCUGGCCUGGGACAUGAACGGGGAACCGCUUUCACGCGAUCACGGGUUUCCCCUGAGGGUCAUCGCACCUGGGAUCAUAGGCGCAAGGCAGGUGAAGUGGCUGAGUAAGGUGUGGGUCAGCCCAGACGAGAGCCCAUCACACUGGCAGCAGAACGACUACAAGGGUUUCGCCCCACAGGUGGACUGGGACACGGUCGACUUCAAAAAGUCUCCAGCGAUUCAGGAGUACCCGGUCCAGUCGGCCAUUUGUGAACCCAAGGAUGGGGCCGUCUGGGACAACGAGGAGGAGGUAACCGUGAGGGGCUACGCCUACAGCGGCGGGGGUCGGGAGAUUAUCCGGGUGGACGUGUCCGCGGACGGCGGGAAGACCUGGCACCCGACGGAGCUGGUGGCAAAACCGAACCAGGGCUACAACCGCACCUGGGCCUGGACGCUCUGGGAGGCCGACGUGCCGCUGCCGAAGGACUCUAAAGGAAAGGAGGUUGAGCUGUGUGCGAAGGCUGUGGACUCGGCGUACAACACGCAGCCCGAGUCGUUCAAACCUUACUGGAACCUGCGGGGAGUCGUGGCCAACGCCUGGCACAGGGUUCACAUCAAGGUCGAGGAUGACGAGGACAACUAGGUCUCACACCAACGUUACAGAGUCUCACACCAAUGUUACUGAUGAGUCUCACACCAACGUUACUGAUGAGUCUCACACCAACGUUACUGAUGAGUCUCACACCAACAUACAGAAGGAUUACAUGUAAAUCUAGCCCAAACACCUAGAUGCAAUAUGCAACAUGCAACAGAGUAAAAUUUCUAGUUAACCUUCUCCCUGCUGCCCAAUUCCUCAUCCAUACAAAACUGGUGCCAAAAGGCGACCUUAGCAGAAGGAGGUUAAAGAAUGCAAUAAUGGAAUAGUCUACUCUUGUAACAGGUGUGUUUCGGUUAACCUUCACCCUACUGUGGUCGGACGUAUGCACCAUGUUUGUGUCGGUUGUAGAACUUAGCAGGGAGGGGUUAAUUUUCAUUCCCUCCACUUCAGUGCCAGAAUAUCUGAAAUUAAAUGUCAGAUAGUCGUUUUUCUAUCAAAUCAGUUUUUAGGUUUAGAAGAAAACUACUGGUUUAAGGUAAUAGGGCUUUACUAAAUGAGGGUUGUUUAUGUUAAUGAUUAUUAUGAUAUGCUGAACAAACUGCCUAAGUGGUGAAAUAAUAGUGCAAUUCUUUUUGUUUUUGGCUGUAAUUCUGUAUCAUAUCUCACUCGGUUGUCUCAAAUGCUACUAGGAAGCAGCCAUGUUCUCAAGGUCAGUCUGUACUUUUAUAGUGAGAUGACCUUGUAAAAGUAACUUUGUAGGAUUGACCUUGGAUCCAUCUGCAGCAAUGACCUUGUAGGGAUGACCUUGUAAGAAUGACCUUGUAUUAGUAAGAGUGACGUUGUAAAGAUGGACUUGCAGGAUGAUUUUGUAUGAUGACCUUGUAAGAAUGACCUUGUACAUGUAGGGAUGACCUUGCAGAAUUUCUUUGUAUGAUAAACUUGUAAAGAUGACCUUGCAGGAUUUUUGUAUCGUGACCUUGUAAGAAUGACCUUGAAGGAGUGGCCUGUCCGAGUGUCCUUAUAAAGAAGUAGCAAUGGCUUAUUGAUUUCUUUUGCUGUUAUGCACAUGUCCCACCAAACAAAGGGUUACUAUGUCCAACAUAUUCUUGAAUGUAGAAUCCUAUAUUCUUGUUUCUAAUAGAAAGCCGUGUUGUCUCCUAUUUUUGUGUUAAGUUGCGACAUUCCAACAGUUCAAGUUCGAGAGCGGAAAGAGACAAGGUCAGCCCAACUUACAUGAAAGGGUCAAAAACAUUGUAUCAAUGUUCCUCAAGAAUGAACCAUGGCUGAAUAAUAAAAGGGACAAGAAAUGUGUAAAGUGUUGGAGGUUUCAUGAAUGGAAAGUUUAACUCAAUAUGGUGAUCUCAAGCUCUAUUGGCAGGGAGUAGGGCUCUUAACCCUUGUCCUGCUGGCAUUUUUUACACAAAAUUUUUCAAUAAUUUCAAUUGUCUUAAUCAGGUCAUAGACCCCUGACUUUUUUUGCCCUGUGGUAGCAUACUAGUUGCCUCCGCAUUCGUUGCGUUUCGCUGUGGUGUGAUGCGUUGCAUGAGAAAUACCCCCAGAUCGUACCUAUACAGGGUGUUAUAUACUCAGUCUGUAUGUGCAGAACAACAAUUGUUGGGCUCCGCAGGACAAGGGUUUUCAGAAGGGCAGAAGAGUUUAUAAUACUGCCGGUGUGGUAAUAAUGUAAAAAAAAAAUUAAUGCUGAAAUCUUGGACUUGAUAGAAAACUGGAGAAGUGAUCGUGUUUUCUAUGACUUAAAAUUUGCUCUCUAAACUUUAGGCUUGUACAAAGGUACUUUUUGAUGUUUAAAG